AUGUCCGACGUUCCUCUUCCUGAAUGCCUUCCAAAGCCAGAAGAACCGAAAGCUGCAGAACCACAACAGUCUCCUCAGCAACCUCAGUUCCAGCAAGUACCUCCAAAUUACUACCAAUUCCAAUACAAAUCGAAGAGAGACCAAGAGUUCGAAGAAGGUCUGAACCGCUUACGCAAAGAGUAUGCCACAGCUCCAAUUGAGAGAAAGUUGUUGCUAAAUUCAGUAAAAAUAAUGUUUAGGUGA